AUGACGUCCUACGAGAAAGCCCUUGGCACAUUGGAACGAGUGGCCGAGGAUGUAAGAAGUGGAGACACAUACACUUCAGAAAGACAAGAGGAUAUCCUUCUGUACAAUGCAGUGGGCCGUGUAGCCGCCGCUGACUACACCAGCCCGGCCGCCACUCCGCGAUUUGACACAUCGGCUAUGGAUGGAUAUGCCGUGUGCUCCGAAGCUACGACUCACGCAUCCCCCGAGAAUCCUCUGAUUUUACAAGUUCGCGGAUCAAUUGCCGCGGGUGACGAACCAGUAGUUCUCAACAAGGAGGUCUUCCACGGUUUCGCAGAGCCAUGCCUGGAAAUCAUGACUGGUGGCAUCUUUCCAAAUGUGGCUGAUUCGAAGCGACAAUUUGAUGCCUGUGUUCGUAUCGAAGAUACUGCCAUGGUGUCGAAUACACCCGAAAAGGGCUGCCAAAUCAUGAUCACGAAGCCGGUGCUCCCUGAUGCAAACCGGAGAUUUGCUGGUUGUGACAUGCAGGCCGGCGAGAAGAUCCUUCGCAAAGGAGAUACAAUUCGGUCUUCACAUAUUCUACCUCUUGCAUCAGUGGGUGCUACUGUCUUGAAAGUCUUCAGGAAACCGCGAGUUGCGGUCUGGUCCACAGGAAAGGAGCUAGUUUCGAGAGAUGCAAGCCAUAUUCCAGACAUCAACGGACCCUUUCUCAUGGCGGCACUCCAGGAGCUCGGUGCGGAGCCCAAGUUUCUGGGUAUCCUAAACGACAAUGAGAUGGAUGUUAGGGAGGCUCUACAAGAGGCAGUCGACGGAAAUCAGUUCGACAUGGUCAUCACAUCAGGUGGAGUGUCGGUUGGAAAAUACGACUUCAUCGCACCCGCUGUCAUAAGCCUUGGAGGAACAGUCUGCUUUCAUGGGGUUUCAAUCCGACCAGGACACCCGGUACUGUUCGCACAAGUACCGAGUCGGUUUCGAAAUAUUCCCUUUUUCGGACUUCCUGGAAAUCCUGGUGCUACAGCGGCUUGCUUUAGAUUUCUCGUAGCCCCCUUUAUGCGGCACUUGCAUGAGCAACCAACUGAAAAGCCCAUCAUGGCUAAGUUCGAAGACAGCUGGCAGGUAUCAAGCGGCUGUAAGAAGACCACAUCUCCAGGGCUUCCUCCUCUGACUCAUUUCCGGCACGGUAUUUUGAGACAGGACCAACAGGGAGACAUGGUCGUGGAAUUGAGCAAACAGCAGAGUCCUGCGAAGCUUGGGCCGUUCACUAGUGCAAACUGUUGGGUCCAGAUGAGCGGAUCAUCAUACAAGGGACUGGUUCCAUGUUACUCCACGUCAAGUUCAACCAGUUUUCUCUGA